UCAACGCUCUCUAGAGACAAAUGGAUCGGUCUUGGCUUGGCAAUCAGCAGUAGUCUUGCAAUCGGUACAAGUUUCAUUAUCACAAAGAAGGGCUUAAUGGACGCUGCCGAACGUGGAAAUGGAAUGGCAUCCGAUGGUCAUGCAUACCUGCAAAAUCCAAUUUGGUGGGCCGGAAUGUCUACGAUGAUUGUCGGUGAAGUUGCAAACUUUGCUGCAUACACUUUUGCUCCUCCGAUCCUCGUAACUCCGCUUGGUGCAUUGAGUGUAUUGAUCGGUGCAGUCUUGGCUUCGUUCAUUCUCAAGGAAGAAUUAGGACGCCUAGGACGUGUCGGUUGUACAUUGUGUCUUGUGGGAACAGUAAUCAUCAUCAUGAAUGCUCCAGAAGAUAAGGAGAUCAGAACGGUUGACGAAAUGCUCAACUAUGCUAUCCAAUUACCAUUUUUGACAUACUGUCUAUUUGUUACCGGAUUUGCAAUCUUUAUGAUCUUCAAAGUCGUGCCAUUAUACGGCAAGAGAACCCCUGUGGUGUACAUUUCAAUCUGCAGUCUGGUCGGAUCAAUUUCGGUCAUGAGUGUCAAAGGAUUUGGUGUUGCUCUCAAGUUGACUUUGGACGGCAGCAAUCAAUUUACUCAUCCCUCGACUUAUUGUUUCGCCUUGGUGGUUAUCGUUUGCAUCCUGGUUCAGAUGAACUAUUUCAACAAAGCACUUGAUCAAUUUUCGACAAAUAUCGUCAAUCCGAUCUAUUAUGUCAUGUUUACCACCUCAACAAUCUUUGCUUCUUUCCUGCUUUUCCGUGGAUUCAACACUGCAGGAGCCGGUCCAGCAAUUUCGCUGAUUGGUGGAUUUGUCGUAAUCUUCAUGGGAGUUUAUUUGUUGAAUUUGAACAGAUUGAUUGAUCCGAUCACACAACAGCCACGAGUCUCUUUUGUCACUGGUGAAGGAUUGGCUGGAACAGGUCGUCUAUCCGAACAUCACGAACGUUUGUUCCCUGAAAGCUAUCACACACGCACAGGAUCGCGUGGUCAGAUGUAUCCACCAAGAAGGACAGGAACGCCAUCUCGUCGGGACAGUAUGAACAGUAGUGUGUUGUUCGGAUAUGAUGACAAUGAAGAAACUGUGGGUUUGACACAAUUGAAUGAAGAAGAGGAAGAC